UAAUUUUUAAAUCUUUUAUUAUAAUAAGAAUUUAUAGGGAAAGAAGAUGAUAAAUGUGAGACAGUCAUUUUACUUCUGUACACUCUGCCCUUUCAAGGGUAAGACCAAGGCUGAGCUGCAAGAGCACAAGAUGUUCACAAUCCACAAUAAGAAGGGUGGAACCGUCACCAUCAAACAUAAUCCUCUCAAACCCAAGAAAGUUUUUUAAACAUCACUUUGAAUAACCUCAUAGUAGCCUCUACACUGGUUCUAAACAGCCUCUGCACUAGUUCUUAACAGCCCCUACACUGGUUCUUAACAGCCUCUGACAAACCCAAAAAAAUAUUCUAAACACGAUCUUUAUUAGCAUCGCAACAGCCUCUUCACUGGUUCUUAACAUCCUCUGCACUAGUUCUUAACAGCCUCUACACUGGUUCUUCACAGCCUCUGCACCAGUUCUUAACAGCCUCUACACUGGUUCUUCACAGCCUCUGCACUAGUUCUUAACAGCCUCUACACUGGUUCUUAACAGCCUCUGCACUAAUUCUCAACAGCCUCUGACAAACCCUUGACAAUUUUCUGAAGAAGACCUUUAAUAGUCUAAUAAUAGCCUCUGACAAACGCAUCACUCAUUACAGUUUCUGUGCCGCAUGUUUUUAACUGGCUCUAGAAUGAUUAUUCACUUGUAUUAUUUACAGCCUUAUAAAUGGUUUAAAACACUGAUACAAUGGUCAGCAACAUCUUCUAGACGGUCUAUUUACACUCAAAAAGCAAUUUAAUUAAACUAUACGUUUGUCAACUGUAUAGUACUGCAUAAUGUACAGUACAGUGUACGGUGUACAUGGAAUAUUAUGAUUUAUCUAUUUGCAAUUUUUAUUCUUUGUAUAAGAAGCUUGUAUGAAUAUAAUUUCAGAUUUUGGCAUUGUACAUAUAUAAAUAAUUGCUUUGCAUUUGUGUCUUAUGUCUAAUUACAUUGUUUUCUUUGUACUCUCUCUUGUUUAGAAGAAUUUUAUUGCAAUGCAGCUUUUAAAAGUCGAUCACGUUUUUUUUAACAUAAGGGUAUAUUUUUAUUAAAGACAAUAGACCAUAAAUUUACUUUAAUUAAUUCCAAAAACUUUAUGAAAUUUUCUCAAUUGUGAAUCAGUUUUGUUGUUAUUAUUCUAUAAACAUUCAAGGCAUUAUAAAUAAUAUAGAAUGAUUUCGUUGCAAAAAUAUAUCUAACGUUUAGCAGGCGCCAAUGACGCGCUAGGAAUUUCAUAAAUCAAAGUCUGUUUUUUAACCAAAUGUUUCUGUAAAAUGUUGUUUUGUCUGAAUUAUUUUGAAUAUCUACAAAGUACAAAUUUCAGAAAAUAAUGUACAUAUCUAAACUGCGUUAGCAAACAACUGUGAUAAAAUCACAAUAAAUUUACAGGGAUGUCGGGUGGACUUAGUUUAAAGUCCCAAGUAAGAUUGGACCCGAAAUGGUCUGGAACAGAUAUAGGACGAAUGUUGACAAGGGAUGGAUUAAGCCAGCUCUGGAAUGAGAUGGUGAAGGAUGGAGAACUUCAACAGAGAAUACUUCCGGAUCACAAUCUCAGUGAGGGACUGAACAGUGAUCGAAUUGAUACGUUUAAACCUUGCUGCGGACAGCUGGGAUCAAAUUGCAGCUGUUCUGAGGGUAUCUGUAGCUGUCCUUGUAUCUCCUGUUCCUACAAGCACACGGAACAGGAUGUUUCUCCAUCCGUCCCGUCUCAGGAUAUCAUUCAAUCCUGGACCUGGGGAGAUACUCCUUCCGUCCAAGGAUUGCAGAAUUGUUUGAGUGCAGUGGUUGGGGAGCAAAGAGAACUGUGUAACGGUGCUGCUGGGACAACUUUAUCCUCCCUUAGGUUAAGUCAACGGCUGGUCAUCCUUCAGCGGUAUCUGACGGCGUUAAAGAGAACUACAUCCCCUUUGCAGGCUGGCGAAGCAAAAGCCGUCACAGAAACACCAAGGAAGCCUAAUAAUGAAUGUGCUCCGAGCAGCGAGCGCGCAACUCUAGGACUCGCACGUGUUGGUUCUCGUGCUGCGCUCAGUUUUGCAUUUGCUUUCCUGAGACGUGCCUGGAGGUCAGGAGAGGACCAGGAUCUGUGCUCUGAGCUCCUUUAUGAGUCCCUGGAUGCGUUGAGAUCUCUACCUGAAGCCAGCCUGUUCCAAACUGACUCCGUGUCGAGGGUUUGGUUAGAAGUGGUGGAUAGAGCGGAUUCAUUCCUUAAACAGAAUUUGUGGAACAGUAACACCAGGGGGACUCAGAACCACCGGAAUGAUGUAACAAGUAAUUCAGCGCCUCUUCUACCUGUCCUAAACCGGUUCAAGGCCAUUAAACAAAACAAAUGUUUUGAGGGCUCUAGCUGGAAUCAUGAUGAACCAGAGAGAUAUAAUCCUUGCGAAACAUUUCUACAAUAUCUAGAUUAUCCACAGGAUGAAACCAGGAAUAUUGAUUUGAAACUGGCAGCUGUGACAUUGAUGUGUGAACUGGAUCGUUUAGCUCGACCUCUAGCCCCACCCCUUCCAUCCUCAUCUUCAUCCUCAUCCUCCUCAUCCUCAUCCUCAUCCUCUUCUGGGAAACAAGAGAUUGGAUAUUGGGGACCCGGACGAAUUGAAACUGAGCUAGAAGGAAUAGGCGUUAAAUCAGUUGUUCUUCUUGACAAACUUGUAUACGCAGUUACAGGAGAAGGCCGAAUAAUAGUUUUGAACGUUAAUACGCCAGGGAAAGAAGUAGAAUCGAUAAAUACAAGGAGUAUGGAUGAGCGGAAAACCAAGGUUGUGAAUAUAACCGCAGCGUGUGACGGAAAACAUUUUUUGCUGUUAACAGAGCACGGAGAGGAAGGAGAGCUUUAUACAUGGGGUAAAGGCAACUAUGGAAGACUGGGACAUGGAACAGUUGAUGACUGUCUUGUACCAACUCUAGUAUCCGCCCUGGCUGCCCAUAGGGUUGUUGAUGUAGCAUGUGGGACAGGAGAUGCUCAGACCCUAGCUCUAACCAGUGAGGGAGUAGUUUACUCCUGGGGAGAUGGAGACUAUGGGAAGCUAGGUCGGGGAGGAAGUGAUGGUUCAGGAAUUCCCAGGAUGGUAGAUAGAUUGAUGGAUCUGGGUGUAACCAAGGUAUAUUGUGGAUCUCAGUUCUCUGCUGCUCUAACCAGCUCCGGGAAGGUUUACACCUGGGGAAAGGGUGACAACUUCAGGUUAGGACACGGUUCCGAAGAUCAUGUCAGGUUUCCUAAACUGGUCGAAAACCUCGGUAGCGACAUCGUGGAUCUAUCAGUCGGGUGCAUGCAUGUGGUUGCAGUUAGUAAGGAAGGGAAACUUUAUGGUUGGGGGAAGAAUGAUAUGUCCCAGCUGGGAUACCUUAAUAACUCCGUCCCAACCCCAACCAUUCUCUCCAACCUUAAUACUAACUACGUGAGUAUAGUUUGUGGAGCUAACAACACCAUAGCCUGGACCAAUCUAGACUCAUGGUCUGUUCCUCUUCGUGCACCAUUCGUCAUUGAUAUCAGUGAGGAAACAUUCCGUUGGUUGGAUUCUCUGCUAGCUGAGAUCUGGGAGGGUUUGGAUGGAAAAUCAGGAAUACCUCCACGACAAGAGGAGGAGUGUCUGGCCUGCGCUUCUCUUAGUAUACUUAAACUACAAAUGUUGGCUGUGCGACAUCACAACACAAACCUGGCUGGGUUGGGUUUAAAACAGGGUUCCGCCCUGCUCUCCUCUCUCAAGAAGAAGGUGGUUGAGUUGGCCAGUAACUCUGGGGUCCUGGAGACUAUACAGUUCGAGGCUCAGCAGGUGCUGGAAGCAUCUUGGAUGAUUCUUCUUCCCACAGCAGAUGAGAGAGCCAGAGCUUUAUCUACUUUGCUCCCUAGUCAGAACACUGAGACGGCUGGGCAAUCAGUCGGCAGGAAGUUUAUGACCGAUUUACUUGUUUCUAGUCUCAUGGCUGAUGGAGGAUUAAGAACAGCGCUUCGUGGAGCAAUUAGAAUGGAGGUGAAGGAGCUGGAAGAGGUUUCGGAAAAGGAAGGAAGUGACGGCACUAAAGAUAAACCUUUUGGAGAUGAACUUAUGACGGAGCAGGCACAACUGGAGUCGGAAACAAAGCGUGCUGCUGAAGCUUCUACUUGGGAAGAUCGUUCCUCCACUAUCCCUCUUCUCUACCUCGUUAAACAACUGAUGAAGAACUCCUCUGCCCAGGCGCUGUCCAAGCUGCAGGCACUCAACAUGGACCUCAUCUCAUCCUCAAUCUCCGAGGAUAUACUAGACUCUCAGAAAACUGAAAGCUCUCCAAGUCUCAAACUCCUGAUCAAGUUCCAGAGGUUGUUAGUUGCUGAACUCUACUCCUCCGGUCCUGAUAACUCCGGGGAUGGAGAACAGGAGCUGGACGGAGUUCUAGCUUUACUCCGGAAAUAUCUUCAUUAUCUCUGCUGUCACGUUCUUGAACUGUUACCAACAGCAACAGCUACUAGUUCCCUGAGUCAGCGUCAUUUCCUGGCUGUAUCAAGUAUCCUGGAUCAUGAUCUGGUUGGGGUUCUUCUCCCAGAGCUGGUUAUCUCUCUCAUCCUUCUUCAAAUAGAGAAAUCGAGUAUUUUCAAUAAGAUUGAAAUCAUCCCAGGGCUCACAUGUCUCAUGGAAUCUUUAGACAAGUUUAACCGGAAGGCCCCUGGUUAUGAUAAAGAAGAAUGUGAUGACCUGGCCUGGCAGGGUCUCUCUACCGGUCAACUCUCCCCUCGACCUGAAGAUACAACCCUGAUACGGAAACCAGACCUUGAGAAUCAUAACAAGGACGGUGGCCUAUGGGUUGUUAUAAACGGUAAGGUUUAUGAUAUCCAGGAUUGGAAAGGACAAGCUCCUUGUGGAGCUGAAUAUUUGCAACAGUUCUCCACCCUUGAUGCAACUCAGCAGUUCCAGAUGGUCAAUCAUUCAAAGCACGCUCUCAACAUGAUGAACUCAUAUCUUAUCGGUAAUUUGAUCAUCCCUGAACUGGAGUCUAGCUCCGGGUUCGAUGUUUCCACCUUCUCCUCCCCGUUUAUGGACCUAGAGAGAAACAUUGCUACAUUCCUUGGGUUGCAUUGUAACCGUCUUGUUUCCAGUAUUCCGGAGCAACCCGAGGAAAAACUGUCUUCCACCUUUCUCAAGCAGGAUUUCCUCAAGGGAGGAAUCCACGCAAUCUUUACACCAAAUCCGUUCGAUGACGAGAAGGGCGAAACGCACAGUUUGAGCUCGGCGGCCGUGACUCCCCUCUCAGGGGUAACGCCCACUGAGCCACGCCCAGCUGAAAACCAGAUCUCAGGAUAUGAUUCCGAGUUGAGUCCCGAGUUUCUCAUCAAAUGUCUUAUGGAGAGCAGUACGAACAAUCAGUAUUUGCGAAUUUUUCUCUCUCUUCUGGACCGAUUGUCCCGGAAGCACGUGAUGCCGAUGCACAUGGACUUCCCUUCCGAUCAUCCUGUAGAGGAGGUGGGGCGACAUCUUCUAGCAGUGCUACUUAAACAUCAGGGGUUAGCGGAAGUAUCUGUUGUAAUGAUAAAAAAUGAAAUAGAUAAUCCUGGAGAACUCUCUAAACUGAUAAAUCCUCUGGAGGAAUGCGUCAGAGCUACGCAACAGACUAAGUGGAAACUAAUCCGUGCUCGUCAAGAGCAGGUUAAAUCCUAUAAAGAGGUGUGUGCCCCGGUUCUAGAGAGAUGCAGGUCAGCUUAUUUGACACAAAUACUCUUUAAAACAAUGAUACUGUACAAGGAAUCCCGGUUUCGAUCCCUUGUCCGCUCCGUGAUCCAGCAGAGGAGAGAGAAAACCCUUCCUUUUAUGAGCAGACCUGAGGAUAUACUUAAUGUUAGCAUUCAAAGCCAGGAUCUAAUGAACGAGGAACUACAGGGAUCAAUGGCAUCAGAAGCUGUUGCGUUGCUCUCUAGUCCAGUUGAUGGAUCAACUGACAUCUCCAGAGACAACCUCCGUAGCUCUAGAGAUAACCUCCGAACAUCUAAAGAUAACCUCCGCGGCUCUAGGGAUAACCUUAACAGCUUAAGGUGUUCAACCGAUAACCUGUUAGGGUCGAAAGGUUCUAAAAAUAACCUUGGAGGCUCAAAGGAUAACUUAAGCUGUGUGAAAAGUGAACUGGGUUCCAAAGAAGGCCUUGAUGUAGCCUCUGAGGAUGCUCCAGGUGGAAUUCUUAUUUUUGAGAAGGUUAAUGUGGAGAUAGUUGAGGAGAAAGGAGAGGAAUCUGGAGAGAAGGGAAAGAAGGUUGGGAAGGAGGGGGAAGGGGAGGGCAGAAAGGAUGGAAGGUUUAGAGAAACUCAUGAUAAUGAUGCUAGUAAAAACGAUGAACUUGAAGAUAAGGAGAGCGAAGAUGAGAAGGAGGAGGUAGACGACGAGGCCAAGGAUGAGGACAGCAAGAAGUUUGACCUGGAGGAUCCUACUGCAAAGCUCAGUGAGGAUGAUCUGGCGGAUUUUGAGGACGAGGAAAAGGAUGAAAAGAGGAACGAAGCGGAGAAUGAUAGAGAUCAGAUAAAAGACGGAUUUACAGAGAAAAAGAAGGAAGCGGAGGAGGAGUUGGAUGAGAUGAAGAUGAGUAUGCUAGAGAAGGAAAACAACGAGGAAGGGGAAAGGGGAGAAGAGAAGAAAGCAAUUGAAGAAGAGGGAGAGAAAGAGGUUUCAGAAGAAUGUUGUAAAGAAAAAGAAGAAUCUGAAGAUGAUGAAGAUGAUAAAGAAGAUUUCGAUGAAGAGGGAAAGGACAAGAUUAAAGAUGAAAAAGAUGUCGACACUCAAGAUCAACUGAGUUCUCUCUCUAGCAGCCCUGAACUUAAUCCUAGAGAGUUAAAGCGUCCUACGAGCCUGGUGGAGCCGGUUAAGGAGAAGGAGAAGGACCAGGACGGAUUCUCCAGCAUUAUAACCUCGCAGAUUAUUGAAUUUAUCUGUGACGAGCAGGGGAUUCAUAUUGAUGUAAUAAGGAAGUGCAUGAUCACCCAGGCGGAGAGGUUCAAGGUGCGGAGUAAAGGGAUAAAGGAGAUGGUUGAACUCCUUCAAAGGGCUCAGCUCAUCCCCUCCGCCAAGUACUCCCUGCUCAACAGCUGGCAGGGGAUUCUCCACCAUGUAAUCGGAACUGGUACAAACCCUCUCCCACACUGCCUCCAGGGGAUAGAGAUGAUUCCUCCAUAUGAAAAGGUUCAAAUUCUCCAGGAUUAUUCCAAGAUACUAAACUGGACUCUUAGUGAACUACGGGAUCUUGUGCACAAAGCGGAAGCGCAGAUGCGCGGCAAAAUCCCUCGUGGUGCGCGGAUGAAGGAGAGUUUGAAUCACCGUGAUCAGAAUGGGAUUGGGACACUAACCUCCUCUAGGUUCAUCCUGAGUAUCUUGGGUAUGCUUACUGCUCACCACUCAGGGCAUGAGCUCAAUAUACUUCUCAACAGCCAGGCUAUAGCACUGGUUCAAACUGUCAUAAGAUUGAUUGGUCCUGAAUGUUACCUGAACCCUCACACUUAUACCUACUCCAAGUCCCAACUGGAAAUAUUUUCAAUAUUUGAAGAUAUGAUGACCAAAUCCAAGAACAGUCAUUCCUCCCUGAGUGGGGCGGAGCUGGCUAAACUUCUGAAGAUCGGAACCCGGGUUGUGAGAGGUAUAGACUGGAAAUGGGGAAACCAGGACGGGAAUGGAGAAGGAAGAGUUAUCGGAGAGUUAGGAGAGGAUGGUUGGAUCAGGGUACAGUGGGAUACUGGAUCAACAAACUCCUACAGAAUGGGAAAAGAAGGAAAGUAUGAUCUUAAGUUAAUUGAACAACCUAUGGCUAGUGAUUCUGAUUCAGAGUCAGAUUCUGAGGAUUGUGAUCAGGUUGAGACAAGAAUACCAUCCACACAACCUUCAAAAUUGAUCAAACUUGCAUGCUACAACAUACUUCGAUCCUUGUGUCUUGGGUCUGGGAUUAAUGCUGGCUCUAUGCAAGAAUCCUCAUUGCUGAAGUGCUCUUCAAUCCUCAGACAAAUCCUUCAGCUUGGUUGCCAGAAAGUUAACAGUAUUGGGGGAGAGCAAUUGCUUCUUGCCAGGGACCAAUACAGAAGCUGGGCAACUCUAGGAUUUCUUCGAGCAAUCUGUUCUGAACCUAACCUCUGUAAGAUGAUGUGCUCACCUGCAUGGAUCAACCUCUUCCUAAAUAUUGUUGAAUGUAAAGAGUCAAGUUUAGAAUCCAACCUUCAAACUCAAGUUCUUAUCUUCCGUCUGAUGGGAAGCGUUCUACCUCACUGUCCCGAGACUGUUGUUGAAAAGCACAAUCUGAUAUGUCGACUCUUUAACUUAGUGGGACACACAGCUCUGAUGUGUCGGACAGAUGGGUCCCAUUACGGAGAUCAGGGUUUACUGCAGAAAGUGAAGAAAGGACGAGGAACCAGGGUAUCGCUUUCUGCUCCGCACUCCAGUACCAUUGUAGAGGAGUGUGUCCGGCUGCUCCGAACCCUGCACAGGAUCCCUACCUGGAACACCAAGAUCAAUGAGUAUAUUUAUCUCAAAAUGAGUUUUGUUAAUGAGAUCAUUACAGAGAUACCCAUCCUUCAGAUGCAAUUAAAUGAGGGAGAUGGAGAGAACUUUACAGCACAACAGUCAUCUGUCAUCUCCUGCUUAUCUCUGAUCGGAGGCUUUGAUUCAAGACCAAGGAUUGGAGGCAAAGUAAUCCUUGAUGAUGGAAACACAGGGAUAAUAUGCGGGAUUAACUACCAUGGAAAGAUAAUGAUACAAAAUAAUGAAGGUCACCAGAAAAAGAUUUCUAUCUCCAGUGUGAACCCUGCACUUGAAGGAUCUUUUGCACUGGAUAAAUUUUCAGUGAAUGAAGAAUCUCUACCAAUAUGGACUUCACUGUUCUUCCUUGCCUCUCAGGACUUCAAGAUAGAGAAGGAAAAGUGGAAGAUACUGACAGAAAACUCCGAUAGUAUCAAUGUGGCUCUCUUGAGGCAGCAGCAGCAAAGGUUAGCAAUACUUAAAGCAAUCAAAGUUCUCUUCACACAUCAGAACAGUUUAAGGCAUGUUCUGAAGCAGAUUGUUCUCUAUGGAUCUUCCUCUGUUGAGUCCUUUGAGGAUACUGAUGUUGAUGACCUUAACAAGAAGGAAGUAAUGCUGAUCCAACGUCUCCUGGUUAAAGCCACCCAACCCUCUCCUGUCAAGGCCAUGUAUCUAGCUGAGGAGUUGGAAUAUGCUGCCCUGGCAGUCUGUCAAUACUUAGCAUCUGCUGCUGCAGCUAAACGAACUAAUCUUGGAUCCCCUGUCAGUCAACCUCCGUCAGAACCUUUCUUAGCUGAGGCUGACGGGGUUCCCCAAGAGACUAAUCUUACCCUACAGCCUCCUGCAACCUCCUCUGUAACCUCUAAGGAUCUGAAAUCCUCUCGACGGAUCCGAGUGAGAGGUUCAGCCCGGAGUUCCUCUCCACCUCCAUCAGCCACUGUCCAGUCUCUCAUAGAUAUGGGUUUCAGUAAACAAGCUGCAGAGAUCGCAAUCAAAGCAUUGGGAGGGAUUGGUGAGAUGACUCCAAGUCCUGAGAGUAUAGUGGGCUGGCUUCUAGAGAAUCAGGAUCAAGUGGUUGAUCUGGACCCUGUAAUACAUUUAGAUGUGGCUGAGGAGGAAGAGGAGUUCUCUGAUACUGAAUCAAUCUCUGAGUCCUUUGAGGAUAUUGAUGCAAGUGGUACUAGCGAGGGUCUCCUGGGAGCAGUCAGUAUCCCACCGGAGAUAUUCAAGAGACGUCCUGACUUCUUAUCCAAUGAUGAGUAUGCGUACUAUGUCAGGGAUCAUAUUCAGACAGGAAUGACAGUAAGAUGCUGUCGGACCUAUGAGGAGGUGCAUGAAGGAGAUAUUGGUAGAGUUACAAAGCUUGACAGAGAUGGACUUCAUGAUCUUAAUGUUCAGAUAUCCUGGCAGAGGAAAGGAGGAACCUACUGGGUUCGAUACAUUCAUGUUGAACUUCUCUCCCAACCUCUCUCCUUGAGUGGGGGUCAACCUAUCAAGGUUGGGGAUAGGGUCAGAGUCAAGGCUUGUGUAACAACCCCAAAGUACAAGUGGGGAUCUGUAAACCAUAGAUCGAUCGGUAUUGUUUCCAGCAUAAAUCCUAACGGACGAGAUGUGACAGUUGAUUUCCCAAUGCAGAGUAACUGGACAGGACUCAUCACAGAAAUGGAGGUUGUUCCAAGCUUCCAUCCAAACAUUGCCUGCAUUGGAUGCAAUCUCAACCCAAUUGCUGGGCCUAGGUUUAAAUGUAAAACCUGUGAAAAUUUUGAUUUUUGUGAGAAUUGCUUUUACAACAAGAACAAUCAUAAGCAUAGCUUCAACAGGAUAGCAGAGCCUGGCAGUGCUGCUGUGUUUGCUGGUCGACCUGGUAGGACAAGAAAGAGAGAGUUUACAACAACCCCUACAGGAGGGUUAGUAGAAGAUUGGUCUGCCUGUGUUAAGGCUUUAACAGUAUCCUCUAGAGAGAGCUGGGCUUACAGGCUCACUGAGAACAGUUCCAGUUACUGGCAGAGCUGUGGACCCCAGGGUCAGCAUUGGAUAAGGAUUGAGAUGCAGCCGGAUGUAGCAAUACAAACUCUGAAGAUGGUGGUAGACCCCGCCGAUUCAACUUAUAUGCCUUCCUUGGUUGUCAUUUCCGGGGGAGAUACCAUAGCAACCCUGAAAGAAAUUUGCUCCGUCAAUGUUUUCAAUAUGGACACAGUUAUUAACCUUCUCAGUAAUGUAAAGGAAUACCACAAGUACUUUGAGAUUGCUAUCAAGCAGUGCUCAAGUGGAGGAAUAGAUUGCAAAAUCCAUGGACUAAGAAUUGUUGGACGAAGGAGGAUUGAGGAUGAAGAGUACUCAUCUGCACUUUCCUUCCUAGCCUCGGAUUCUGAGGAGGUGGAGGAUAGCAUGGCCUUGUAUGGGAAGCACUAUUCCAAAUAUUUUGGGAAAAAAGAGGAGCAUCCCAUAAAGGUGUUUGUCUGGGGACUAAAUGAUAAAGAUCAACUGGGGGGACUGAAAGGAUCAAAAAUAAAACUUCCAUUCUUCUCUGAGGUUCUCUCUGCGAUCAAUCCUGUAUCUAUAGCUGGAGGAUCAAAAUCUCUGUUCCUUGUCUCAAAUGAUGGAAAGGUUUUUGCAUGUGGAGAAGGUACUAAUGGAAGACUGGGUUUAGGACAGGUUGGAAACAUCUCAAUGCCGCGUCAACUCUGCGCUCUCUCCCAGUAUGUUGUGAAGAAGGUUGCAGUGCAUUCUGGCGGGAAACAUGCAAUGGCGCUGACAGUAGAUGGAAGAGUAUUUUCUUGGGGUGAGGGGGAUGACGGAAAGCUUGGACAUUGUUCCAAACUAUCUGUAGAAAAACCUCGAAUCAUAGAAGCGCUAAGAAACAAAAGAGUUAGAGAUAUAGCCUGUGGUAGUUCUCACAGCGCUGCCAUAACAUCCAGCGGAGAGUUAUACACAUGGGGUUGUGGUGAGUACGGUCGUUUGGGACAUGGAGAUAAUGUUACACAACUGCGUCCCAAGCAAGUGAAAGCAUUGGUGGGACACCGAAUAAUUCAAGUUGCCUGUGGAAGUAGGGAUGCCCAAACUUUAGCUCUGUCUGACGAAGGAAUGGUUUUCAGUUGGGGUGAUGGAGACUUUGGCAAGCUAGGUCGAGGUGGUAGUGAAGGUUGUGCUACUCCUGCUAACGUUGAGAAACUUAACGGAAUGGGAAUUACCCAGAUCGAAUGUGGAGCCCAGUUCUCCUUGGCCCUGUCUAAGUCUGGAGUGGUCUGGACCUGGGGUAAAGGGGACUAUUUCCGACUGGGUCACAAUGCUGACCAGCAUGUGAGGAAACCAACUUUAGUUGAGAGCUUGAGAGGGAAGAAGAUAAUUCAUGUUGCUGUCGGAGCUCUUCAUUGUCUGGCAGUCACAGAUUCAGGACAGGUGUUUGCUUGGGGGGAUAACGAUCAUGGGCAGCAAGGAAAUGGGGGAACAACCGUAAACCGGAAACCAGCUCUCGUUCAUGGACUGGAGGGAGUUAAAGUCUCCAGGGUUGCAUGCGGGUCAUCUCACAGCAUAUGCUGGACUACACAGGACACCCAGACUACCAAUGCACAUGAACCUGUUCUAUUCUCAAACUCUAAGGAUCCUCUGGGAACAUUCCUGGUUGGGAGUAAGGAUCUGAACAAUGACUCCUCUAACAUCAAUAAUCCAGGAAUAAAUUCUUCUUGUCUGAAAUCUUCCCGUCUUUCUCUGUCCAAAAUCUUGCUCUCCCUGGAGUCAAAUGCCAGCAAGCAGAAAGCUCUUCAACAUAUCCUUAAUGCUCUCCAGAUUAUAUAUGUUAGAGAAGCUGUUGUAGCUGCCAUAGCCCCACAUAACAAUCUUGCUUCUCCAGUCAACUCAACUGACAAUAAUCUGUUGACCUUCAAUACUUUAGACUCUUCUAGAUCUAAUGUUACCUCUGAUGAUCACCUUCAGGAUGACAUUGGGGAUAUUGCUAUGGGUGGAGGAGAAGCUCCAGCAUGCCGCGGAGAGAUGAGCAGUGUAAGUUUAUCCUUGAAAACCACCCCAGAGUCUGAGGAGUCCUCAGAGAUCUAUCCUGUAUUUGUUGGACCUUCAACCUCUAAAACAUGUAGUUUACCAAGAGGGACAAAUCGAGGUGUCUCUGCUCUUGUUGGAGCUAUGAUUUCUGCCAAAGUUUCAGUUGGGAGACUUGAUAUAGUAAAGGAGUAUCCCCCAGGUAUAGAUGAGUUUACACAUCUCUUUGGUCAGGAUGAUAUCCGUAUGCUGGUUGAUCUACUCAAGCUUGCUGUAGCAGGACGUUGCAGUGAGAAAUCAAGAGAAUCAGUAGCUUCUCUUCUGCAGACCAUGGGUCAAGGUAAUGGAGGAAUAUCAGAUAUGUUGCUGGAACUAUGUGUUACAGAGCUAGAGGAUGUUGCAUCCAACACAGACUCCUCUAGAGCGCCUCCACAGCCUAUAGUUCAGGAAAGCAGUCAUCCCUAUACAGAUGAUGUUACACUGACUGGGCAUGUCAGAAUACCUGGAGCAGAAGCUCUCAGGAUAGAGUUUGACCGUCAAUGUUCUACUGAGAGGAGGCAUGAUCCAUUGACCAUUAUGGAUUCCACAAGUAGGAUUGUUGCCAUAAGGUCAGGUAGGGAAUGGACUGAUUGGUCUCCUGAGCUGAGGGUUCAAGGAGAAGAGAUUAAGUGGAAGUUCAGCUCUGAUGGUUCUGUGAAUGGAUGGGGCUGGAGAUUUACAGUCUACCCUAUUAUGCCUAGUUCAAAUCUUCAGGACAGUCAGUCAGAUCGAGCAGUACUUUCACGUCCCAGUCUAGUACUUGUUACUUGGCUUCUUGAUUCCACCAUGGGUGGAGUAAAUAAGAGCAUUGGGUCCAGACUUGCAGCUGCCCUAGCUGCAUGUGCACAUCUAAGCUCUCUUGGAGCAGCUCAAAGAAUGUGGAGUCUGCAAACCCUGAGACAGUUGAUGACUAGUGGAUAUGGACUGUCUCUCAACAUUUCAGCCUUAGUGUCUGAGCAGGACAUACCUAGACAGGUUUCGGGAUCAGCUUUAGGAGUUCUUCUUAAAGGGUUGCCUGAAAUGUUGUUGAGACAAUAUGAGUAUGAAGAUCCAAUUGUUCGUGGUGGUAAACAUCUUUUCCAUUCAACAUUCUUCAAAGAGCUUGUUGCACUUGCAUGUGAUCUAGGACUGGAUUCCUUGCCAUGCUGUACAGAGACCUACAAGUGGUCCUGGUUCAGAAGAUAUUGUGUUGCAGCAAGAGUAGCCACAGCAUUGAUCAACAGAUCGUCCUUAACCCAACAAUUUUGCCAAGAUGUCAGAAAGAAGAUUAUGGAAAUGUGUGCAGAGAAUGAGAUCUUUACGCUAGACCAUGAGAACCAUAAUAUAUUUAAAUUUGGUCAUGAUGAACAGCUUUUGCUUUGGUUGCAUAAGAAACCUGAAGACUGGACAUUGUCCUGGGGUGGUGCUGGAGCCAUCUUUGGCUGGGGGCACAACCACCGGGGUCAAUUAGGGGGAGUAGAUGGUGCAAAGGUGAAGAUUCCAUCUCAAUGUGAAGCUCUGAGUGUUUUAAGACCUGUUCAGUUAGUUGGUGGUGAACAAACAUUAUUUGCAGUGACUGCUGAAGGGAAGGUUUUUGCUACAGGUUAUGGUGCUGGAGGUCGUUUAGGGAUUGGAGGAACUGAAUCAGUUUGUACUCCAACCUUGUUGGAGAGUAUUCAACAUGUAUUUAUCAAGAAGGUUGCUGUCAACAGCGGAGGAAAACAUUGUCUAGCCCUCUCUACUGAAGGAGAUGUAUUUUCCUGGGGAGAAGGAGAUGAUGGGAAGCUAGGACAUGAUAAUAAGCACUCCUGUGAUAGACCCCGAGUUAUAGAAGGCUUAAGGGGUAAGGAUGUUGUGGAUAUAAGCUGUGGUGGAGCACAUUCAGCAGCCAUAACUAGCUCCGGGGAGUUGUUUACCUGGGGGAAAGGAAGAUAUGGAAGACUCGGACAUGGGGAUUCUGAUGAUCAGUACAAGCCUAAACUUGUAGAAGCACUGAUGGGACAUAGAGUCAUUGAUGUUGCAUGUGGGUCUGGUGAUGCUCAAACCCUUUGUAUAACUGAUGAUGAUAAUGUUUGGUCUUGGGGAGAUGGAGAUUAUGGGAAGUUGGGACGUGGAGGAAGUGAUGGGUGCAAAGAACCCAUGAAGAUCGAGAGUUUGGCUGGGCUGGGUGCCAUAAAGGUUGAAUGUGGAUCACAGUUUUCAGUAUGUCUAAAUAGAGCUGGAUCUGUUUAUACUUGGGGUAAAGGAGAUUACCAUAGAUUGGGCCAUGGUACAGACGAUCAUGUUAGAAGGCCUAGAAAGGUAGCAGCUCUGCAAGGACGAAAAAUUGUCUCUAUUGCAACUGGAUCUCUUCACUGUGUUGCCUGUACAGAUAGUGGAGAAGUAUUCACUUGGGGUGACAAUGACGAAGGACAGCUUGGAGAUGGAUCUACAAAUGCUAUACAGCGACCCAGACUUGUCGCAAUUCUACAAAACAGAAAAAUCAAUAGAGUAGCUUGUGGUUCAGCUCACACCCUUGCCUGGUCUACCAACCGUCCAGUCACUACAAGCAAGCUUCCUUUAACUGUACCACUUGAAUAUGACAUGCUAAAGGAGUUUGCCCCUGUUGUUUUGAGAAAUCGAUUGGUUCUGCUUCAUCAUUUUAGUGAUUUAUUCUGCCCUGGUAUUGCCAUGUUUCCUCUUGGAACAGCCACCAGCCAGACUGGUGAAACAACUGCAGGCAUGGAUAAACUUCGCACCCUUCUUGUCAGCUCAUCCAAAGAAUCAGCUUUUCGAAAAGUUGUACAAGCCACAAUGAUUCGAGACAGACAGCAUGGACCUGUAUUUGAAUUAAAUCGAUUUGGUAUUAAGAAAAGUCGUACUAAAAACAACAGUGGACAUAACAACUCUAAUAAUUUUGAGGGCAACAAGACAGUGUUCACCCAGAUGGUUGGAAAGAUGAGCAGUUUGAACAAUGAAUGCCUCCUUCUACCCCACAGAAUAUGGAAGGUUAAGUUUGUUGGUGAGAGUGUUGAUGACUGUGGAGGGGGUUACAGUGAAUCUAUUGCUGAGAUGUGUGAUGAACUAACUUCCAGUCAACUCACCCUUCUAAUCCCAACGCCCAAUGGCAGGGAUGAGUCUGGAACUAGUCGGGAUUGUUACCUGCUAAAUCCAACCCUACGGUCUCCACAUCACAUGCAGAUGUUCCGGUUCCUGGGCCUGCUUAUGGGUAUUGCAAUCAGAACCGGAGCUCCCCUCAGCCUUAACUUAGCAGAACCAGUCUGGAAGCAAAUCUCAGGGUCCAGUUUAACAACUAAGGAUAUAACAGAGGUUGACAGAGACUAUAUGCCUGGGCUCUUGUGUAUCAGAGAUAUGGAUGGGGAUUCUAAGGCAUUUGCAGCGAUGGAUAUGAACUUCUCUACUCCUAGUGCAGCAGGACAGGAGGUCCAGCUCUCAAACAGGUAUAGAAGGGUUACAGCGGACAAUAGAGCAGAGUACGUCAAGCUAGCAUUAAACUUCAGACUUCAUGAAUUUGAUCAGGCUGUGAGUGCAGUACGUGAGGGAAUGUCCCGUGUGGUCCCUGUCCCUCUCUUCUCCUUGUUUACUGGAUUCGAACUGGAACAGAUGGUUUGUGGGUCUCCUGAUAUACCUCUCCAUCUACUCAGAUCUGUUGCUACUUACAAGGGAGUAGAGCCCUCAGAUCCCCUGGUAUCCUGGUUUUGGGCUGUUAUGGAGGAAUUUGGAACUGCUGAAAGAAGUCUCUUCCUUAGGUUUGUAUGGGGCAGAACUAGAUUACCCAGAUCCAUCGCAGACUUCAGGGGCAGGGACUUCGUGCUUCAGAUUCUGGAUAAAUAUAAUCCUCCUGAUGAUUUUCUGCCUGAAAGCUAUACCUGCUUCUUCCUGCUCAAGAUGCCAAGAUAUUCUUGCAAAGCUGUUCUCAGAGAAAAAUUGAAGUAUGCAAUUCAUUUCUGCAAAUCCAUAGAUACAGACGAGUAUGCCAGGGUUAACCUGCCCAGCGGAGAUGGAGCUAACAGUGACUCCUCCGAGUAUAUGGAGAGUGGGAUGGAUAGUGAUGCUGAACACAACCCGGAGCUAGCUUCUCUACUUUCUAACUAGACCCGGAGCUAGCUUCUCUACUCUCUAACUAGACCCGGAGCUAGCUUCUCUACUCUCUAACUAGACUCUGAGCUAGCUAAUCUACUCUCAAACAAGACCUGGAUCUAGUUUCACUUAAUUUAACUACAUCCAGAGAUAGUGUUUUUCUCUAACAAGACCUUACUCUUAUAAUGGACUCAAGUCAAUCCCUUCUAGUAAUGCCAUAAAUUUGAUCCACUCUUUGCUCUUAAACAAUCCCUUCAAGGUUAGGGAUCAAUAUGAUCCAGAAUUUACUUUUAAACAAGACUUCAAAGUUCCUUCUAAUUUAUUGAUAAUUUGAUUCACCAUUUACUCUUGAACUGGACUCAGAACAGUUCCUUCUAAUUUAUUGAUCAUUUGAUCCACUCCUUGAUCUUGAACUAGAACAAUCCCAUCUAGUUCAUCCAUAACAAUUCAAUCAAUAAAUAAUAAUCAAACUUCCAAUGUGUCACCUUGUUUCUAAGUUCUGACAUUGCACCCCUGAAAAUUGUUUUCAGUAUAUAAAGCAGGGAUGAAUAUACUCUCUUUGUUGUAAAAAGGGAUCAGGCUAUAAAUCCAGUAAAAUGUGAUCACGAUUUAGUUCAUUUUAGUUAAUUUUGUUAUAUGCUAUGUGUGAAGCUUCAGAGGAGAAGAUAUUUUAAUACAAGGGGGAGGGAUGGGCUAUGUAAAAAAUGGCACAGUCUAAUAUUUAUGUUUUUUUUUGCGUCUCUUAUGAAUAUUAAUCUCCAAAACACUUUUGUUAGAUAUAAUUUUUGAAAAUUUAAGAUAAUAAAUAUUUUUUUUAAGUUACAUUAA